CCAUCACAGAGUUUUAUUGCUCUUAUGCAUUCAGUAAUUGUGUAUCAUUCUGUGUAUAUGUUGUGUCAGUGUGCUGUGGGGCUGGUAUAUCGGCGUAGAUAGUGUACCCUGUUUACAGUGAGUACUCAUAGAUUCCCUGUGUGUGUGUGAUCUGAACCCCUUGUGUAACAUUUGUGUUGUACUUUGUGUCAGUUGGACUUUUGUUUUGUAUACUCUUGUGAUUUUGGUCUGUGUGAGGGGCUUGUGGUCCCUGGUGGAAUGUGAGUUAUUUUCACUUGUGUGAUCUGCAGUUUUUUCCUGUCUCUUGUACUGCUGAACAGUGUGUGGUCAGUGUAGGACCAGUCCUGGUCUGUGUGAUCUGUGUAAUUGUGUGACUGCUUUCACCCUCUGGAAGCCAUGUAUUGGGGUUCCACUCAGUGUCCAGACCUGUGGAGCAAACUCUUCAUCUUGCUGGUGUACCCUCUGCUCUGUGGGGGAGAAAACAGCCACACUCCAGUUGACGGUGAAGGUCUUCAUGUACCUCCUCCAUCUCUGUCAUCAGCAGUUCUCACGGCAAGGAGAUCUUCUGAGAACUUUAAUGGUUAUGAACAAGGACGUUUUGACAUAGAUGUAAGAGGUGAUCCAGAUGUGCUAGAAACAGACCAGACCCAGAGAAUCAAGUUUAAUGGCACAGUACAGAAUAUCUCACUCUCUCAUCAUAAGGAUGUAACGUUCAAUUGUUCUUUGGUGGUUCCUAAUUUGGAUUACAAAGACCAGAUAACCUGGUGGAAGGAUGGAAAGUUGCUGUCCUCUUCGGAGCGCAUUUCAUUACAGUCAUUUCAUAUCCAAAAUGGUGAUGUGACCACUCUGAUGUCUUACUGUAGUAUUGCAGAUGUGCAACAUUAUGAUAAUGGGACAUACCACUGUAAAUUAACUGCUGAGGGAGAAGAAGUCGUUUCGGACCCUAUAUACGUUCAGAUAGACGAGACAGGAUAUCUUCAAAGAGAUCCAAAUAUCAUAAAAAAGGAUACUCUUCACAUAGAUGCAAGAAGAGAUGCACAAUCACCCAGACAGACCAAGAAAAUAAAGUUCAACCCCACAGUGAGAAACAUUGUUCUCUCAGAACAUAAAGAUGGCAAAUUCAAUUGUUCCAUUGUUGUUCCUAAUGUGGACAAUGGAGAGCAGAUAACCUGGUGGAAGGAUGGAAAACUGUUGGCUUCUUCAGAACGCAUUUCAAUCCAGUCAUUUGAAAUCCCAGAUUUAGAGGUGAUAUCUAUGACGUCUUCUUGGAUCAUUUCAGGUGUACAACGGUCUGAUAAUGGGACAUAUAUCUGUAAAUUAAAAGUCGAGGAAGAAGAAAUUGUUUCAGAUCCUAUCUAUAUUCAAGUUGAAGGUUUACCGCAUUUUAUUCACCAGCCAGAAAAGUUAAAUGUCUUCAGAAACAUGCCAUUCAAUCUGACCUGUGAAGCUGUUGGCCCUCCAGAACCAGUGGUGAUUUACUGGUUCCAAAACAGCAGGAGAGUCAAUGACAUUCCAGAAGUUUCUCCAUCUGUUCUCACUAUAUCAGCAGGCCUGGAUGAACCAGAAGUCUUCAGCUGUGAAGCACACAACAGUAAAGGGUUAACUGCAUCUAAUGAAGUGAAGAUCAAUAUAAAAGGUCUCCCUUCUCCUCCUGGUGCAAUAAAGGCUUUAAAUACAACGGCAAGUGGCAUUUUGCUGUCCUGGGUUCCUGGGUUUGAAGGAUAUUCUGAUUUGAGCCUCUGCAGCAUACAGGUGAAAGAAACACUACAGUGGAAUGACAGUUUCAUUAUGAUCUUCAAUACAUCCGUUCCUCCUUAUGUAUAUCAGAUCAGUCACCUGAAAGCAUUCACCAAUUAUAAUAUUAGUGUUUCCUGCAUGAAUGAAGUAGGGUGGUCUUCAGCAAGUUCAUCGACUUUGGCCAGUACAACAGAAGGAGCUCCAUCUUCUGUUCCUCAGAAUGUCUCAGUGGUGUUGAAUGACACUCUGUCACUGUUACAUGUCUCGUGGCUCCAGCCUCCUGUCAAUGAAACCAAUGGCCUCCUACUGGGCUAUAAAAUAAAGAACCGAUGGAAAAUCUAUGGAAGUCAGACAAUGGAAUAUUCUAUGGAUUCCAACUCUACCGCAGCAUUAAUUCCACUCAAGGCUACUAACGCCACAUGCUUUGUGUCUGUUGCUGCCUUUACAAAGGGAGGAAUUGGACCAUACAGUCAGCCAGUACAGAUUAUAAUACCUGGUGAUGGUUCGAUAACUUCAGCACCGUCUUCUACAGCUGCACCUGGAAAUGCCAGCCCUUACCUGAUACUGCUUGGUUUUAUUUGCAGUGUAAUGAUAUUCCUACUGAUCAUUUAUGGUGCCGUAGUGUUUAUUAGAAGGAGAAAGGAGAUUGAAUUUGGGCACGCGUUUGUGAACUCUGAUGAUUCAGACAUUGUAGUGAAUUACAAAGCAAAGAAAUCCUACAACCGGAAAGCUAUUGAAGUGACGUUGAGUACAUUAGGAAUAAACGGAGAACUGCAACAGAAGCUGGAAGAUGUAAUGAUUGAAGGGAGCUUGCUAACUCUGGGGAAGGUGCUGGGAGAGGGUGAAUUUGGGUCUGUGGUGGAGGGAGAACUCAGUUAUCCUGAUGAAACAACUCAGAAAGUAGCUGUGAAAACUAUGAAAUUGGACAACUUCUCUCAAAGGGAGAUAGAAGAGUUCCUGAGCGAAGCAGCCUGUAUGAAAGACUUUGACCACCCAAAUGUCAUUAACCUACUAGGUGUUUGUUUGGAAGUGGGGCCAAGGAGGAUUCCAAAGCCCAUGGUGAUAUUACCAUUCAUGAAGUAUGGAGACCUACAUAGCUUCCUGUUGUCCUCAAGGAUUGGUGUUGGACCUCAGCACGUUCCUUUGCAGACCCUUUUGCAGUUCAUGAUUGAUAUUGCAACAGGGAUGGAGUACCUGAGCAACCGAAAUUUCCUGCACAGAGAUUUAGCAGCUCGGAACUGCAUGUUGAGAGAUGACAUGACUGUUUGCGUAGCUGACUUUGGUCUCUCAAAGAAAAUUUACAGUGGAGACUACUAUCGCCAAGGCCGUAUUGCCAAGAUGCCGGUGAAAUGGAUUGCAGUGGAGAGCCUUGCAGACCGCAUCUACACGAUCAAAAGCGACGUGUGGGCGUUCGGUGUGACCAUGUGGGAAAUCACAACUAGAGGGAUGACACCAUACCCUGGCAUUCAGAACCAUGAAAUAUAUGACUACUUACUAGAGGGCCACAGGCUAAAGCAGCCAGCAGAUUGCUUGGAUGAACUGUAUGAACUGAUGUAUUUAUGCUGGAGAGCAGAUCCUGUUGACCGACCUACAUUCACUGUACUGAAGCAGCGGUUGGAGCUACUCCUCAAGGGCUUGCCUCCAGCUACAGAUAUGGAGGAUGUUAUUUACAUUAACACGAGCUUUCCCGAAGACAGCACAUUCCUGGCACAGGAUCCAGAGAUUAACGAGAAGGAUGUGAAUCUGGAUCCUAGCUACGUAUUACCAAUUGUUAACUCAAAACCCGACACCACAACCAUCACUGUGGAAGUUCACGAACAUAAACUCAAUGAAGACAGAUACAUUUUGGAAGGGGCCUCUGAAGAUCUAACUGCUGAACAAAGUAGCACCCCUCUUUUGAAAGACAACAAUGCACGAAGCAGGGCACCGUGGUGUGAGGGCAGAAUGCCACACACGGUCAAAAAACUCACGGAGGAGCUGUUGUUUGCUGAUGACUUAGGCGAAGAUACAGAAGUCAUGGUAUAGAGAACAUAAAGCUACCACUUAAUUUAACACAUAAUUAGUGAUGUUCCUGUCAUUUCUUGAACUACUUUUGCCUUGAGGGAGACAAAAAGUUGGCAUUAAAACAAUGUAAAUAGCAUACAGUAUUCUGUAUAUAGAAAUAUAUUGAUGAGUGUUGUACAUACAUAGAUGCAUAUAUAGAUUUUUAUUCACACACAAAUGUAAAUAUUAAAAGCAAGAAAUGUUUGAGGUAAAGCAAUGGAUUGGUGGCGCAUUCCAGAAUAAUUCCAGACUAUUGUGCCUUAUGUGAGAAACACUGAAAAUGUAUUGACCAAACUAGUUUCUAAAAACACAUUAUUUCUCCUCCACCUGUACAAUCAGUGCAAAUGA